AUGGGUUUCCGGGCCAGCUAUAGGGACCCAGCAUCAUCCACUAUCUGAAGGCUGAACCUUUCUUCUACCUCUGAGUCUCUGCCCGGGACAGAAUCAAGAUUCUUUCUUUUCCUCUCCCUUUCCGCCUCUCUCAUUAAUCUCAUCAAGUCUCCAAGAAUCCUAAUCUCAAGCUCAACUUGAAAUUGCAAAGAAACCCAGUACCGAGCCUUAGAAUAGUGAUCAAACCUUUCGGGAUUACUUUAUGGUCCUCGGACUUAAUCCCAAUCUCCAGUAAUUGAGACAAAUAAGAAAGUAGGUUCCUGGCAAUGAGCAUACAAAGAACCUCAACAUGUCUCCCUCCUGCAACCCCUCUUUGGAAAUAUGAUGUCUUCCUGAGUUUUAGAGGUGACGACACUUGGAAGGGCUUCACAGACCACUUAUAUAGUGCAUUGGAACAUCAAGGAAUAGUAGCUUUCAAGGAUGAUCCUGAGCUUGAAAAGGGGAAAGCUAUUUCUCCACAACUUUUGACUGCAAUUGAAGAAUUGAGAUAUGCUCUCAUUGUUGUCUCACGAAAUUAUACAUCGUCAACAUGGUGUCUAGAUGAACUCUUAAGGAUUCUUGAAUGCAUGGAAGGAAGAGAAACAGUGAUGCCAAUUUUAUAUGAUGUCGAUCCCUGUGAUGUACAAAAACAAACAGGAAGUUUCGCUGAAGCCUUCACGAGGCAUGAAGAAAAGGUUUAGGGAUGACACAGAGAAGGUGCAAAGGUAGAGAUAUGCUUUGACAGAAGUGGCAAGUUUCUCUGGGUGGAACUCAAAGGCGUGGUACAAGUCAAAGCUCAUCAAAGAUAUUGUUGAAGUCUUGUGGACAAAAUUGCAUCCUACAAUAUGUAGUUCUGUGGAGAACGUAGUUGGAAUUGAUUCAAGAUUGCAACUAAUCAAUUUGCUUUUAGGUGGAGGAGUGAAUGACGUUCGCCUUAUUGGGAUAUGGGGAAUGGGAGGGAUUGGUAAGACAACUAUUGCAAGAGUUGUAUAUAAGAGAACCUCUCAUGAAUUUGAUUUUAGUAUCCUUCUUACCAAUGUUAGAAGUAAUGUUGAGAAAAGUGGUCUAGUUAACCUACAAAAGAAACUUCUCAGUGGGAUAUGGAUGAAAGAGGAUGACAUAUUGGACCUUCAUCAAGGAGCCGCAAUUAUAAGGAGGUUUUGUCAUCAUAAAAAAGUUCUUCUCAUUCUUGAUGACGUGAGCCAUCCAGACCAUUUAAAUUUUUUGGCUGCAAAGCAAGAGUGGUUUGGUAUUGGGAGUAGAGUUGUCAUUACAACUAGAAAUGAGCAUUUGUUAAUCAAGCAUGGAGUGGAGAGAAGAUUCAAGGUCUGGGGUCUAAACAAUGAUGAAGCUCUUCAGCUUUUUAGCCGGAAAGCUUUUAGAAAAGAGUACCCGGAAAAAAAGUUUCUUGGUUUGUCGAAUUCUGUUGUGAUUUAUGCCAAUGGUCUUCCACUAGCUGUUGAAGUCCUAGGAGCUUCUUUGAAUGGCAGGGGGAUAACUGAAUGGAAGAGUCCGUUGAGUAAACUAGGAAAAGUUUGUAACUCAGAAAUUUUAGACGUACUUAAGAUGAGUUAUGAUCGUCUUGAUGAUGAGGAGAAGAAAAUCUUCUUAGAUAUUGCAUGUUUCUUCAACGGGGAGGAUAAAGAUCGACUUACAGAAAUACUGAUUGCUUGUGAUGUUUCUGCAGUUAUUGGAAUAAAAGUCCUCAUUGAGAAUAAUCAUGUGUUAAGCAAAAAUACUGGAACUGAAGCUAUCGAAGGCAUAGUUGUGCAAUCAACUGAGCCAGGAGUAAAGGUGGAGGUGAAUAGUAAAUCGUUUCUACCGCUGAACAAACUGAGAUACCUCAAGAUUAAUAAUGUGAACAUUUCUAAAGGUCUUCAGUAUCUUCCCAAUAGUCUUAAGGAUUCUUGAUUGGACUGGUUAUCCAUUAAAAUCUCUUCCAUCACAUUUCAAUCCAGCAAAGCUACUAGAACUUAACAUGCGUCAUAGACUCAUAGUUGCAUUAAACAUCUUGGGAUGGGAUUAAAGACUUUAUACAAUUUGAACAGAAUCAACCUCAGUCACUCACUAAAUCUUGUCAACACCCCAGACUUUAGAGGUAUGCCAUAUCUUGAGUUUCUGAUUCUUGAAGGUUGUACAUGAUUGUAUGAGGUUGACCCAUCAAUUGAAGUGCUUGAAAGACUUAGUUUGAUGAAUUUGAAAGAUUGCAAAAAUCUUGUGCGUCUUCCUAGCGGUUUACAUAGCUUAAGAUCUCUUAAAUUUCUUAAUCUCUCUGGAUGCUCAAAGAUAAAAAAUUUGUCAGAACAGUUGGGAUGUCUAGAGUGUUUGGAAAAGCUUGAUGUGAGUGGAACUGCUAUAAGCUAUUAGUCUCUUAAAAAAUCUUAAAGAUUUAUCUCUUCGCGAUGUAAAGGAAAAUGGCCCAAAUCGUGGAAUGUGAUCUUCCACGCAUUUCAGUCUUUGCUAAAGAUAAUUUUGGUUCCCACAGCUUUGUCACUACCUUCUUUAUCUGGAUUGCAUUCUUUGACAAAACUAGAUCUAAGUGACUGUAAUCUUUUGGAUGGAUCAAUCCCUAGUGAUCUUGGUUGCCUGUCCUCGUUAAUAGAUCUAAAUCUAAGCAAAAACCAAUUUGUUAGCCUACCCGGGAGCAUGUGUCAACUCUCUAGACUUAAAUAUCUUCGGUUGGAAUAUUGCCACAGGCUUCAAUCACUGUCAGAGCUUCCAUCUGGUUCUGAUCUAUAUGUAGAUGUUGCUAACUGUACUUCACUGGUUGCAUUGUCCGAUCCAAUAAAACAAUGCAACUCAGGUAUAUCAGCCAACUGUCUUAACUGUUUUAAACUGGUGGAGAAGAAAUGGUUCAAGAGUAUGACAUUAUCACUGCUAAUAGGAUAUCUUCAAGAACCCAAAACCACACCCAAAUCUCCUUAUGAUGAAUAUUGUCGUUUUGACUUUGUGGCUCCUGCAAUUGAAAUUCCAGAGUGGUUCAAUCAUCAAAGUGUAGGAUCUUCUGUAAGUAUAGAGCUGCAUCCAGGUUGGUUUAGUAGUAAGUGGAUGGGGUUUGCAUUAUGUGCUGUAUUUGCAGACAAGGAACUAAGCUCGGUUUGCUCUGAUGCUAUGAUUGUUUGUAAAUUGAAAGUCAAUGGAGAAGAGUACUUGUUUCCUGAACCUUCUUUACCCCAUGGGGAAAAGUGGGGCCAAGCUGUGUCAGAUCACCUUUGGUUACUUUAUGUGCCUGCGCAUAGAUACUUCAAAAAUGACUGGCAGGAUAUCUACUAUAAGCUUGAGUUUUCAUUUUGGUUCAAGCAUUUUGCCCAAGGCUGUGAGGCUCUGGAAAUGGGGGAAGUGAAGAAAUGCGGAAUCUAUAUGGUAUACAAAAAAGAUGUGGAAAAGCUUAAGCAAAGAUACUGGCAGGGCAAUGCUAGCAUUUCUGAGGAGACUUUGGAAUUCCCUGAAUGCGAUUUUCAGAAUGCAGCAGUAAUAACUGCAGCUGUCUCAGGUGGCAUUAUUACCAACCGAGCCCUUGAACAUUAUGGUUCUGAUGGAGAAGCAGGGCCUAGUAGUGCAGGAAGUGCUUGUAUUCAUCAAGAACAAGAACCUUGUCGGAAAAGAUUGAAACAACUCGAUGAUGGGGCAGGACCUGGUGGAAAUGCAUGAAUUGAGGAAAAAUAUGUGCUUGCAUCCUGAAUUCGUAAGUUGAAUCUGUAAUCCUAUUAUCCUCCUGGUGCUGGCUCUACAUGCACAUGUUGCAGCAACAUUUUGUUUUGGAGUCUAUAAAAGCAGUCCAACAUUUUAAAUGCUGGUUUGUUCAUUGAGAUUGGAUGGCUUUGAAGUUAUCUGCAGCUGAAAUCAAAGGCAACUAUUUCUUUAGUUUCCUUUUUGUUUCCAAGACAAUACAAGAAAACCAAAGUGUCUUUCUUCCUCUUUUUCCCCUGAGCUUUAACAAAGUCACAAUAUGUUUGAUAUAUAUAUAUAUAUUUUUUUUCCUAAGACUCGCAUUAUAUUUUCGAUUACAGUGAGAAUAACAUUAUGGUUGAAUUUGGUCCUCACAUUUACUCACAUGCAUUAUGAUUAAAAUUAAAUAAAAUAAAAAAAUUAUUUCCUUCCCAUUAGAAAUUACCAAAAGCAAUGUCUCAGAAAAUUUUGAACGAGAUGUUGCCUUUUCUACUCUAUUUACAAAACCUUUUAUGGGGCUAAUGGUUUCCUAAUAGGAAAUGUCAACUAACUACCUAAAUCAUGGGGUUAAUGUUAGAGAGUUGAAAUCUUUUAUUUUCUUUUGGCAAUAGAGGUAGGCUGAAAUCUUUGGAGGUGGACUUAGAAUGUGACUCAAGAAACUUUAACUCUUAUGAUGAUAAAGAAGUGCACACUAAGAUUGUACUGUAGGUCUGUAGUAGGGAAGUGUAGAAUGCUGACUUUGUCACAAAAAUAACAUAAAAUAAAAUUAAACAAUAGGUUUUGUUGUUUUUGAUAAAUUGCCUUUUUCCCUUUAGUCCUUUACCUGUUUACCUCUCAAAUGGUAAACAGGUAAAGGACUAAGAUGGAAGAUGGUGCAGUUCAUAUUGUGACACAAGGUGUAAGAUGGAAAGAAGAUUUUUUGGUUUCCUGUGACUAAAUUGCAACAAGUUCAGGAGAUUAGGUUCUGCUAUGGUGGAAGUUCCUACAUCAAUGUUUACAGAAAUUCUAGUUUUACUAGACACCGAGUUAUGAGUGAUGAUCAACUUUUGGGAUUGUUAUUGCUAUUUGCAGUUGCAUAUUCUGAGGGCAAAUCAUUCUUUCUAAUUCAUUCAAUAUUUUUUUGUACUAAUUAAACAAACUUACAUUGAGUUCCCUCCAGGAGAUGUUGGUAUGAGUUUGGAUGGCUUUGUUAUCUCCAGCUAAAAUAAAGGCACCUAUUUCUUAAUUUUUGUUUGUUUGUUAAUUUCUAAGACUAACACACACAGGAAAGGACCAAGGUGUAUUUCUUCCUCUUUUUCCAGCUGACAGUAUUAUAGUUGAAUUUUGUCACCACUUCUUUCACCCAAGACAUAUAGUUGGGUACAAAUAAUCAACUAUGUAGGAAGUGUUAACUACCAAUCUAAGUCAAGAGGUUAAUGUGGGUAAUGGGUAGGUGAGAGUAGCUAAAUCUUUAAAUAUGUAGACUCAGAAUGUGAUUCUCUUUGUAAACUUUGGAAACUCUUCAUCAGAGAAAGUGCCCUACCACUUCGUUCAAAGUUGCCACAAGAUCAAGGAUGGAAUUGAGGGUGAUCAGCAAGAGCCAAUGAUGUUUGAGAGUGGAUUUUAACAAAUGAAAUAGGCAUUACAGUUGGGGUUUUGCAUGGCUAGAUCUUUAGUUUUGAGAAGGUGAGCAAUCAUGAUCCUUCAUUUGGGUGGUUUUUAGGUAUAGAAGAAAUCUUUUUUCUUACAACUGUGUUGACCUUGACAUCAUUCUCAAAAAAAAAAAAAAAAACUCACCUUGACAUCUGCCUCACCUGCUUUGAAUCUCUCCUCUUUUCUCUAUUUCUGGUUGGUAUGGCUUGCUUAAUGAGUUACUCAAAAUUUUGUCCUUCCAACCAUCUUGUCCAUACCUUCUAGGUAUGAUUGAUACCACCAGAUUUUAAGGGCUUCUGGUAUGGAAACUAUAGUCUUGUUUGUUGAUGUUGUUAACUUAUAUCUUAUUAGAUGAUCAAGUUCUCUGAGGGUUUUGGUAUAGCACCUGCUUGAGAGUUGUAUAAAUACAUUAGGCAAUUCUACCUAUAUACCUUUGACAUAAGAAUAUAAAGAAGUUUUAUUAAACCUCAAGUAGUUCUUCCUAUUCAGUUGAUAAUUCUUCUUGCAUAAGCAGUAACCACAUGGUAGCUUCUACACAUUAUCAGAGUAAAGGUGUUUUAUUGAUCAGACGAUGUCAAUUAUCUUAUUAUCGCUUAUAGUCUUCGCUUUUUUGAAUUUUUGUUUGUAAUUUCUGCUUUUUAAAAGUUAAAGAUGAUAUAUUUGAUCGAUAAUAUACCAAGUUCACUAAUACUAAAGAGCGAGGAGUGGAAAUGUCAAUUUAUUUGAGAAACUUGAUCUUCCUAUACGAAGUAAAUUCUCAUAUCUGUCACUCUACAGAAACCAACAAAAGUGCUUGUCAACAAGCACUUCGGUGUCUACCAAUCAAAUUUCAAUAAUUCAAUGGGAAAUGCUUGGACAUUUAGAUAUUGCACCUAAUUAUUCCAAAUGAUUUAACAUUCUCCCUCAUGAAAGGUUCGUUGUGGACAGUUUGGCCUAAAUGAUUCCAAUUUUAAAAAUCAUUUUUUAUUUUCUAUUUCUUUGUUGAUACAUAAAAUCGCAUAUGGGUUAUUUUCUAUUUUCUAUAUUUUUUUUUAAUCAGAAGUGAGGUAGCCCGCCAGCUCUGACCUCGGUUAUGUCAGCGAGGUAGCAUUACAAAGUUUGGGUUCUGUUUUAUUUUUUUUGCUUUUAACAAUCCAAGUUUUUAGUUUAAAAGAACCUUCUCUUUCUCCAUUCACCCUUUUACUUUCUGCUGUUCUAGCAUCUCCUCCCUUUUCUUUCCAUUUUGAUUUCAUGGCCAUCAUUCAUAUGGACUACCACUAAAGGAAAGCUAUAAAUUCUUUCCAGCUACUAAAGGAAAAAAAGUGAUUAUAUUCCAGAUCUCAGCCAUAUGUUAUACCAAGAGGAGAGCUAGAAUGGCCCAUCUAGUUAUGAGAAUAACUUUGCAACAUGCACCAUGAAGACAUAUCAAAGAUAAAACCAAGGGAGAAGGGGAGGAGAAAAAGAAGAAAAGAAAGAAAAAAAAUAGAACAUCAGUGAUUUGAUACCAAUUAAGUUUCUCUUCGAAACUUUUCAAUGUCUCAAAAUCCUUUGAGAAGUAAACAAAGAUCAUUAACAAAAUUUUACAACACAUCCCUACCAUUACAUAGGAGAUAUGAUGGUUUUCCUUUCCGUUCAACAAAAACUUGAACAAAAUUCUUCC